CGAUCCUCACCAUCUUAUUAUUAUUAGCUGAAAAUGGUGGUGCACCACCCUAUUCAUCAUGCCUUCUUCUUCUUCUUCAUGCUCCUCCUUUUCUCCUUCCCAAAUUAUUCACAAUCUUUAACCACUUAUGGGGAUGAUGAAAGGGCUAUUUUACUUAUCCUAAAACAACACUGGGGGUAUCCAUUUUCACUAUUUGAGCAGUGGAACUCCACUUCCUCCCCAUGUGACUGGCCUGGAAUUUCAUGCAACUUCAAUGGAAGUGUCACACGGAUAUCUCUCUCUGGAAUCGAAGGAUCAUUCCCAGCCUCAACUAUUAUAUGCCAGCUCAACAACCUUGUUUCAAUAGAUUUCAGUUUCAAUAGUCUCUUUGGAACUAUACCAGCUAACCUCUCCAGCUGCUCAAAACUUGAAGAGUUGGAUCUAUUUGGAAAUUAUUUCACAGGAAAAAUACCAGCAGAUUUAUGUACAACUCUUGUGGAAUUGGACUUGUCUUCCAACGAAUUAUCAGGUGUGGUCCCUGAGACCCUUUGUGAUUUCUCAACCUUGGAACAUCUAGAUCUAUCCGGCAAUAGAUUCUCUGGUAAGUUGCCUGUUGAAACCCUACUAAAUUUGACUAGCUUGAAGACACUGGAUUUAUCAUUCAAUAAUUUUGUGGGUGGCUUGUCUGAGUCAUUGUCUAGCUUGGUAAACUUAGAGACCUUAGAUUUGAGUUCAAAUAACAUCUCUGGUUUGAUUCCCUCUGAAAUUUGUAAAGACCAUAAGAAUAGCUUGAAAGUGUUGUACCUUCAGAAUAACCUGUUUACUGGUCCAAUACCUGAGAGUAUAAGCAACUGUUCCCAAUUGGAAUCUCUUGAUCUUAGCUUUAAUUACCUUAAAGGGAAGAUACCAUCUAGUCUGGGGUCCUUGUUGAAGCUCAAGGAUUUGAUGAUUUGGUUGAAUGAGCUUGAGGGGGAAAUCCCAUUGGAGUUAAGGUACUUGCAGUCUUUGGAAAAUCUGAUUCUUGAUUUCAAUGACUUGUCAGGGUCAAUCCCUGAAACUCUCAGCAACUGUACUAAUUUGAAAUGGAUUUCUUUGUCGGAUAAUUUGUUGAGUGGUGUUAUACCAGUUUCAUUAGGGACCUUGUCUAAUCUAUCCAUUCUAAAGUUGGGAAACAACACCAUCUCUGGGAACAUACCUGCUGAGUUGGGACAUUGCCGCAGCUUGUUAUGGUUGGAUAUGAACACCAAUUCCUUGAAUGGGUCCAUUCCCCCUGCUCUGUUCAAACAUUCUGGCAAUAUUGCAAUGGCAUUACUCACUGAGAAGCAAUAUGUGUAUAUUAAGAAUGAUGGAAGUGAGCAGUGCCACGGAGCAGGAAAUAUACUCGAAUUUGGUGGGAUUUCACUGGGUUGCCUUGACAGGAUUUCAAUCAGGCACCCCUGCAAUAUUACUGGAGACUUCAAUGGCUUUACACAACCAACAUUUAACCACAACAGAAUGAGCAGAUUCAUCAUUUUCCUUGACCUUUCUUACAAUAAGUUGGAAGGCAGUAUUCCAAAGGAAUUAAGUUCCAUGUACUAUCUCUCUAUUCUGAAUUUGGGGCAUAAUGAUCUCUCUGGUCCAAUACCUCAAGAACUUGGACGCUUGAAGAAUAUUGAAGUUCUUGAUCUGUCAAAUAACCACCUUUCUGGAAUGAUACCUCAAUCAGCUCCUUUUAACACAUUUCCAGAUUAUAGGUUUGCUAAUAAUUCUGGCCUUUGUGGAUACCCCCUUGCUCGGUGCGUUCCAAAAUCAAAUUCAAGUUCAAGUUCAAGUUCUAAGCCUAGUAGAUCAAAGAAAAAGAAUUACAUCAUUAUAGGUUGUGGUGUAAUUGCAGGGGUACUUAUUUGGUUAGUAACUCAGUUCCUCGUGAUCAGACUAGCAGGGAAAGGGAGAAUCGAAAAUGAUGGAGAAGAAUGGAGUAUGGUUUCAUUUCAAAGAUUGGGGUUCAAUAAAUGGGAUAUUUUGGGUGGUUUGACAGAUCAAAAUUUGGUUGGAAAUGGAGGGUCAGGAAAAGUAUAUAGAGUGAUCACAAAGAAAGGUAAAAAAGUUGCUGUUAAAAGUAUUAGGCAUGAACGAAACGAAGGCCACAUUUUGGAGAAGCAGUUUAUAGCAGAGGUUCAGAUCCUUGGAGGAAUUUUGCACAACAACAUAGUGAAAUUGUUAUGCUGCAUCAGAGGAAAGACUACAAAGCUUCUUGUGUAUGAGUACAUGGACAAACAAUGUGUUCACAAAUGGUUGCAUGGAAAGAAAAGAGGCUUAACUACUCAAGUCUUGCAGUGGGAGAGGAGGCUACCAAUUGCCAUUGGAGCUUCACAAGGGCUUUGUUAUAUGCAUCACGGUUGCAAUCCACCUAUUGUUCAUAGAGAUAUCAAGUCCAGUAACAUACUCGUCGACUCUGACUUCAAUGCCAAGAUUGCAGACUUUGGACUGGCAAAGAUGAUGGUGAGGGAAGGAGAUCCAGAAACAGCAUCUGCUAUUGUGGGAACCUUUGGUUACAUUGCCCCGGAAUACGCCAGUACAAGAAAAGUGGAUGCGAAGAGCGACAUCUACAGCUUUGGCGUAGUUCUCUUGGAAUUGACAACUGGAAGAGAAGCGAUGACUAAAAAUGAGGAUAUGAACCUGGCACAAUGGGCACACAAACACCAAAGAGAAGGAAAAUUAGCUGCAGAUGUCCUGGAUGAGGAGAUCAAGGACCCACGUUAUCUAGAGGCAAUGAAUACUGUUUUCAAAUUAGGCGUUGCGUGCACUUUGAGUUCCCCAUCAAGCAGACCGUCCAUGAGAGAUAUUUCACAGAUUCUUCAAAGAUGCAGUGAACACAAUCAUAUGUCCCCAGAGAGCUGAUAGACAAUAUAAUAUAAUAUUUUCACAUUACUUUUGAAUGGACUUGUACCAUUACGAAAUGUUGGCAAUAGCGGUUUAUUUAAUGUGACUUUUGUACCCACGGGCAACAAUAUUACUUGUUUAAUGUUUUUCUUCUUACUU